AUGGAUGGUCAUUUCUUGCAUGAAUUCAAAAGGCAAGCGUCGUUCUUCUUCAAGGACAAAAUCAAGGUUGCCCGAUUGGCUCUUCUUGAUGUUACACCAGCUCAACUAUCGACAGAAGAAGCCACAAAUGGAGAUUCCUCAGCACCGGACGCACGUACGAUGAGACUUAUAUCACGUGCUGCCUUUGAAGUUGAUGAUUAUUGGAGAAUCGUUGAUGUUCUGCAUAGAAGGUUGCAGAACUAUGAUAGACACAAUUGGCGAGCGGCCUACCAGGCGAUGAUAUUGCUGGAACACCUCCUCACGCAUGGACCAGCAAGAGUUGCAGAGGAGUUUCAAGGUGAUCGAGAUAUCAUCAGAGAGAUGGCAAAUUUGUCUUACAUAGAUGAGAAGGGGUUCGAUUGGGGAUUAAGUGUGCAGAAAAAGGCUGAAAGAGUGCUGAAGCUGAUCAAGGACGGGUCAUUUCUCAAGGAAGAAAGAGCAAGAGAGCAAAAAUUAACAGUGGGGAUUAAAGGGUUUGGGAGUUUCUGUGAACGAUCAAUCUUAACAGAUGAGAGUUCGAAAUGUGCAUAUUCCGAUAAAUAUUUGAGAUGUCAUUCUCACUUUUGUGAACGUCAAAGCACUGAAGAUGCUCUGUUGGCUGCGGACGACGAAAGGGUUCCAAAAGCACAGGAGAUUCGUAAUAAGCACAGAGAUUCAACAACCGAAAACCCACCACAAAAUUCCAACGGCAACAGAACCUUUGAAGAGGAUGAUCAUCCCUUCUACAGCAAAGAAGAUCAAGCUCUAGUCUCCCUGCUUUCCUCAGGGUGA